GGUUUAUAGUUUUAGAAACACAAUAAUAACCUUUAUCAGUUUAUUUAAUUUUUUUGGAGAUAAUUACAGAGAAAUUAAUUAAAUUAAUAAUUAUUUACAAAGUUCGGAUUGUUUUUAUUGAACAUUUGUAAAUAAUAUAAAAAAAAAACAUGUUGUUACAAUCUAAUUUCCAAAAUUAUCCUGAAGAAGAUCAAGAAGAAAUAACAGAUUUAAUAGCAGACGAUAUUUCUCCAAUGAUGGGAUACUUUUCUAGUCCUUCAACCUCAUCUGAUUCUGAGUCUUCAGAGAAUAUAAAUAACAACAACAAUGAAAAUAAUAAUCUUGAAGAAAAUCAAAGUGAAAGUGAAAUAAUAGAAAUGAUAAAAAAUUUCGGUGAAGAAAUAAAAGGACUUUUAGAGAAACGUCAAGAAUUAGUUAAACUUUUAGAAGAAAAAAUAAAUAAUGACCCAAAAAUAAACACUAGCAAUAAAUAACUUUUUAAUUAA